AUGGACUACAACACUAAGACUGCUUUCAUAAUAGUAAUCCUGGCAUAUCUCGUUUACAUUCUGAACCCUGCCACUUUAGUUAUGGGAGGAGUCACUAUAUGUGACUAUGUAGCUAAAUAUAUGCACAGUAAAACAGAUAAUAGUGAUUGUAUGCCCGAAUAUAAGCAGACAGGCCCAGGUUCCUUUUUUUAUUAUAAACCUCAUGGCAAUUGCGACACUAUAGCAUCAGUACAGCAAAUUAGGAAUUCGCUUCAAUUUGCCAUCCGAAGUAUCCCUGAUCGAGCUCCCAUCAAUGGUGUUACAUGUUUAAGAUUAGACAAACGUGGUAUAUUCUGGGGGUAUGCUGUUACACGUAGUAUAGAUAGUGGUUUAGAUACUAGCGUCGCAGCCUGUAAUAAUGGCGAUGAGACUGUCGCAAGAAAAACUGCUUUUGUCAAGAACAAGCUGUGA